GAUCUGUCCGGGUCCAUCGAUGACCUGCCCACUGGCACAGAGGCAGCCUUGAGUCCAGGCGUCAGCACUUCUGGGGUGUCCAGCAGUCAGGGCGAGCAGAGCAACCCAGCCCAGUCCCCCUUCUCCCCUCACACCCCACCCCACCUGCCAGGCAUACGUGGACCCUCACCCUCCCCUGUGGGCUCCCCGGCAAGCGUCACCCCGUCCCGGACAGGCCCGCUGUCCCCCGCUGCAGUGCCAGGUAACCAGAUGCCUCCUCGACCACCCAGUGUUCAGUCUGACAGCAUCAUGCAUUCUUCCAUGAACCAGGACAGGGUUUACAUGAGAAACCCUCAAAUGCCUCCAUACGGGUCCCCUGGACAGCCUGGCUCCGCCUUAUCUCCACGCCAGUCUUCAGGGGCUCAGAUGCAUGGUGGGAUGGGACCAUAUCCCCAGAACAACACCAUGGGAAACUACGGCCCUCAGGGGGGCCAGUAUGGCCCACAAGGUGAGGCUGUGCUGUACAGGAGUCAGGGGGGCCAGUAUGGCCCACAAGGUGAGGCUGUGCUGUACAGGAGUCAGGGGGGCCAGUAUGGCCCACAAGGUUACCCCAGGCAGCCCGGUUACACAGGGAUGCCCAACGCUAACUACCCCAGUGGUCCUGGGAUGGGGGGCUCCAUGAACCCCAUGCCUGGUCAGGGCAGCGGGGCUCCGUAUGGAAACAUGGCUCCAGGGAGGAUAGGUCCUGGGCAGAUGGGGGCUCGGCCCUAUGGUCCCAACAUGGCCUCCAACAUGGCCUCCAACAUGGGCAGCAUGCCUCCUCAGGUGGGAUCUGGCAUGUGCCCUCCUCCAGGCAUGAACAGGAAGGACAGUGGCCCCCCCAUGCACCACGGACCCUCAAACUCCAUACACAACAGACCACCAGGCUACCCUAACAUGUCCCAGGGCAUGAUGGGAGCAGGUUCUCCGUACGGCCCAGGCAUGAACAGCAUGCACAGUGUGAUGAACCAGGGGGGUCCAGGACCGUUUCCUAUGGGUGCCAACAUGGCCAACAGUACCCCCGGAAUUGGUCCUGGUUCUGAGUUUGGCAUGGACAAAAUGAAUCAGGCCCAGAAGAUCAACAAUAAAGUUGAUGGGACCCCUAAACCUGAAUCUAAAAAGAAGUCCAGCUCCUCCACCAUCACCAAUGAGAAGAUCACCCGGCUGUAUGAGCUUGGUCCAGAGCCUGAGAGGAAGAUGUGGGUGGACCGMUACCUGGCCUUUGCUGAAGAGAAGGCCAUGGGCAUGAACAACCUUCCUGCUGUGGGCCGCAAGCCUCUGGAUCUUUUCAGACUCUACGUGUCUGUCAAAGAGAUCGGUGGCCUCACCCAGGUGAACAAAAAUAAGAAGUGGAGGGAACUGGCCACCAACCUGAAUGUGGGCACGUCCAGCAGUGCUGCCAGCUCUCUGAAGAARCAGUACAUCCAGUGUUUGUACGCCUUUGAGUGCAAGAUGGAGCGCGGUGAAGACCCGCCCCCUGACUUCUUCAACACUGACACAAAGAAGAACCAGACAAAGGUCCAGCCUCCCAGUCCAGCUGGUUCAGGGUCCCUUCAAGGACCACAAACUCCCCAGUCUACUUCCAGCUCCAUGGCUGAAGGGGGAGACCUGAAGCCCCCCACUCCAGCCUCCACCCCACACUCACAGAUGCCUCCAAUGCCCAGCGUCAGGAGCAGUGUUAACUUYCAGGACCCUUUUGCUGACGGCAGUGACCCGGCAUUUUCCAGAAGGAACGCCAUGACGCCCAACUCUCAAGGCUACCAGCCUGGGAUAGGGGGCUCAGAGAUGAUGAGUCGAAUGGGUCCCUACGAGUCAAACAAGGACCCGUUUGGAGGAAUGAGGAAAGUUGGAGAACAGUUUAUGUCACCUGGUCCAAACAGUGGAAUGGGGGAACAGUAUAACAGAGGACCACCGGGCCCAAUGGGCAACAUGCCUAUGAGCCAGAGACAACAGUACCCAUAUGGAUAUGAGCGAAGACAGGAAUCAGGCAUGGGCCCUGAAGGCACCAUUGGACCUGGAGCUUCUCAGCCCAACAUGAUGCCGUCUGGUGCUGACACAGGGAUGUACUCACCCAGCCGUCCUCCACAGCAACGGCACGAGUCUUACACAAAUCAGUAUCCUGGCCAAGGAGCYCCCCCUGGUGGCCCGUACCCUAAUCAACAGCCAGGAAUGUAUCAACAACAGCAGCCUAACUACAAGCGUCCUGUAGAUGGAGGCUACGGUCCUCCAGCCAAGCGCCAUGAGGGAGAAAUGUAUAACGUUCCUUACGGUGGUCAGCAGCAGCCUGGACCCCAACCCUCUGGGCACCAGGGACAGCAGGACAUGUAUAACCAAUAUAAUGCAUAUCCAGGUGGAGAACGGAGACCACCAGGACCACAGAACCAGUUCCCAUUCCCAUUCGGACGGGACCGAGGGCCUUCAUCCGCAGGUCCCAACUCCCAGUCUCACAUGCCUUCCCAGAUGAUAGGCAGCCCCAUGCCUUCAGGUCUUGACGGCCCCCAAGGCCCAGUAUGGCAGGCUCGCAAUGAGAUGGGCUAUCCCAACUAUCCUAACAGACAGGGACCUCCUGUAGCAGGCCAGGGUCCUGGGUACCACAGCAUGAACCGCUCAGAGGACAUGAUGCCAUCAGACCAACGAAUGAACCACGAGGGACAGUGGCCUGGCCACGUCAACCAGCGGCAGCCACCYUUUGGCCCCACUGGCUCUGGACCCCCUAUGACCAGACCACUGCCCUCCACCUACCAGACUUCCCAGAACCACAGUCCUCAGGUGUCCAGCCCAGCUCCCAUGUCUCGGCCCAUGGAAAGCAGGACGUCACCUAGUAAAUCGCCCUACAUGCAUCCUGGUAUUAAGGUGCAGAAAGCAGGUCCUCCAGUUCCCGCCUCACAUAUUGGACAGGCUCCUGUGCAGCAACCAUUGAUCCGGAGAGACGUGGCCUUCCCUCCAGGCUCUGUGGAGGCCACCCAGCCCCAUCUGAAACCCCGAAAACGCCUCACCAUGAAAGACAUUGGCACUCCUGAGGCGUGGAGAGUAAUGAUGUCUCUAAAGUCAGGGUUGUUAGCUGAAAGCACCUGGGCCUUGGACACUAUUAACAUUCUACUGUAUGACGACAGCAGCAUCUCCACUUUUAACCUUUGCCAACUGCCUGGGUUCCUGGAGCUGGUAGUGGAGUACUUCAGAUGCUGCCUCAUUGAGAUCUUUGGCAUCCUAAAGGAAUAUGAAGUGGGAGACCCUGGGCAGCGCGUCCUGAUAGACCCCAACGCUGCUGAAGACUCUGACGAGGACAUGCCCAUGCCUGAGGGAGAAGACGUGGACACGGAGGAGGAGGAGGAGGAGGAGGAAGAUGAGGAGACUGAGAAAACAAAGAGCAACACUGACGCCUCUUCACUGCUGCAGGUGAAAAAAGAGGAGGAGGAGGAGGAGGAGGAGGAGCGUUCCCUAAAAGAUAAAUCCUCAGAGGACGAAGAGGAGGAAAAGGAGUCUUCUAACAAAGAAGCCAGCAGCUCUACCUCAGGGUCCCUGCAGGACCCCAACGUCCACUUGGACAAGCCCAAACAGGCGAGUAAGUUUGAUAAACUGCCCAUCAAAGUGGUGAGGAAAAAGAACCCCUUCCUGGCCAGCAGCGUGUCCAGACUGGGGCAGCGCCAGAGCUUCAACAGUGGCCUGAUACACUGGAGCGUUGGAGGUGGGGACACUACUGAGCACAUCCAGACCCACUUUGAGAGCCAGCUGGACCUCCUGAAGCWGUGCAGACACACAGCAGUGAGAAGUGAAGGCUGCAGGAGGAGCCAGGCUGCAGCAGAGAGUCCUGACCAGUCCAGGUCCUGUGGGCAGGCUGAGGCUGCUCAGCACAGCCAGCCUCAGGAAGGCCCCCCAGCCCAGAGGAGCCCCCCGUCUCUUCCCAUCGGUGCACCGCUCACUGCCACCAUCGAUGACGUGCUAUCGGCCCGCCCGGGCUCAGUCACAGAGGAGGUGGUGCGUGGAGGCGCUGAGGAGCAGAAGGAGAACGGAAAGUUCCUGUUUAGCAUCAACCCUGAUGUGCAGAGCAGACGCAACGUGAAGAUCCUAGAAGAUGAGCCUCACAGCAAAGACGAGCUGCCGCUCAGCACCCUGUCAGACUGGCAGGACUCGCUGGCUCGACGCUGCGUCUGCGUCUCCAACAUCCUGAGGAGUCUGUCCUUCAUACCUGGCAACGACCUGGAGAUGUCCAAACACCCAGGCCUGCUGCUGCUGCUGGGCCGCCUGGUGCUGCUGCACCACCGGCACCCCGAGCGCAAACAGGCUCCGGUCACCUACGAGAAGGAGGAUGAGGAGGACGAAGGUGUGAGCUGCGACAGGGACGAGUGGUGGUGGGACUGCCUGGAGGUGCUGAGAGAGAACUGCCUGGUCACUCUGGCCAACAUCUCAGGCCAGCUGGACCUGUCCAUCUACCCCGAGAGUAUCUGCCUGCCGCUGCUGGACGGCCUGCUGCACUGGGCUGUGUGCCCCUCAGCAGAGGCCCUAGACCCGUUUCCCACGCUGGGCCCCCACAGCUCCCUGUCCCCCCAGAGACUGGUCCUGGAGACCCUCAGUAAGCUCAGCAUCCAGGACAACAACGUGGACCUCAUUCUGGCAACGCCACCYUUCAGCCGCUUGGAGAAACUCUACGGCUCUCUGGUUCGCCUGGUGGGAGACCGUAAGGUUGCAGUGUGCCGGGAGAUGGCCGUGGUCCUGUUAGCUAACUUAGCUCAGGGCGACAGCCUGGCAGCGCGGGCCAUCGCUGUGCAGAAAGCGAGUGUGGGGAACCUGCUGGGCUUCCUGGAGGACAGCUUAGCAGCCACACAGUACCAACAGAGCCAGAGCUCCUUGCUCCAGCUGCAGGGGGGCCCACAGUUUGAGCCCACCAGCGUGGACAUGAUGCGGCGCGCGGCUCGGGCGCUGCACGCCCUGGCUAAGGUGGAGGAAAACCACUCGGAGUUCACGUUGUACGAGUCGAGGCUACU